CUUCACACAACCACACACAUUGUUCUAUUGACACACAAACAUACACUAAGUUACUCGAUCAGAAAAAAAUGUCUCUGGACAAGAACCUGUUGUCAAAACUAGCUGUCGGUGACAAGCACGGUGAAGAUUCGCCGUACUUUGACGGCUGGAAAGCUUAUGAUAACAACCCUUUUCAUCCUCAGCGUAAUCCACAAGGUGUUAUUCAAAUGGGUCUCGCCGAAAAUCAACUUUGUUCUGACUUGAUCAAGGAAUGGAUAAAGGCAAAUCCACAUGCAUCUAUUUGCACGGCGGAGGGUGUUGACGGUUUCUCCGACAUAGCUGUGUUUCAAGAUUAUCACGGUCUCAAACAAUUUAGACAGGCAAUAGCGGCGUUUAUGGAGAGAGCGAGAGGAGGAAGGGUGAGGUUUGAGGAAGAGAGGGUGGUAAUGAGCGGCGGAGCCACCGGAGCAAACGAGACGCUCAUGUUCUGUCUUGCUGAUCGCGGCGACGCUUUUCUCGUCCCUACUCCUUAUUAUGCCGCAUUUGAUAGAGACCUAAGUUGGAGAACUGGCGUAAGAAUCAUUCCUGUGGAGUGUAACAGCUCAAACAACUUCCAAGUCACAAAACAAGCCCUAGAAUCAGCAUAUCUUAACGCCCAAGAAACCGGCAUCAAGAUCAAAGGCUUGAUCCUCGCAAACCCAUCAAACCCUCUUGGAACAAGUCUCGAUCGUGAAACUCUUCAAACCCUUAUGGACUUCAUCAACGACAAGCAAAUCCACUUAGUCUGCGAUGAAAUCUACGCAGCCACGGUUUUUGCUGAGCCGAGAUUCAUCAGUGUGGCAGAGAUGAUCCAAGAGAUGGAUCAUGUGAACCGCGACCUGAUCCAUAUCGUUUACAGUCUCUCAAAGGACAUGGGUCUUCCUGGUUUCCGAGUUGGUGUGGUUUACUCUUACAACGACGCUGUUGUGACGUGUGCACGGAGAAUGUCGAGUUUCGGAUUGGUUUCAUCUCAGACACAGAGCUUUUUAGCAGCUAUGUUGUCUGAUCAGAUCUUUGUAGAUAACUUCCUUAAAGAGGUUUCGAAGAGAGUAGCGAAGAGACACUUGAUCUUCACGGAAGGGCUUAAAGAGAUGGGUGUUUCUUGCUUGACAAGUAACGCGGGUUUAUUCGUCUUGAUGGAUUUGAGGCAGAUGCUUAAAGACCAAACCUUUGAAUCUGAAAUGUCUCUUUGGAGAAUAAUCAUUAAUAAGGUCAAGAUCAAUAUCUCUCCUGGCUCGUCGUUCCACUGCUCAGAGCCAGGUUGGUUCCGAGUCUGCUUUGCUAAUAUGGAUGAAGACACACUCCAAACUGCACUACAGAGAAUGAAACACUUUGUGCUCAGACACAGAGAGAACAAGAAACGAAAGAGUUUUCAAGAGAAUCUUAAGCUGAGUUUCUCUUCCAUGACGUACGAUGAACAUGUUAGGACACCGACGCUGAUGUCUCCGCAUUCACCAUUGGUCCGAACUUAAAAACGGUCUAUUUCAUUAUAUAUACUUUAACAGAUUGUCUAUAGACACUUAAAUG